UUUUAAAUCUUCGCCGAAACCGUUAUUUAGAUAGAUUCAGCAAACCAACUGCAAAUCGUUAAACCAGGCUACUCUCGUUGGCCUCAACGUUGUGGCGGCACACAGUUACCAAGGUCACAAUGGCUGACAGUGCCGACGUUACAUCUGUCGUGAGCAGCAGCCAGCCUCCUGGAAAAGAGGAGCAGGGAGGAGGAGAAGGGAGAGGCUCAGAGAGGGAUGCGGGAGGUGGAAGUGGAGGUGGUUUGACUGAUUCCCAGAGAGAGGUGUUGGAGAAGUGUCUUCAUGCACUCAGGCAUGCUAAAAAUGACAGUCACACAUUGGCUGCUCUUCUGUUGAUAACUCGUUUGUGCCCAGCAAGCCAGCUAGACAAACCCACCUUGAGACGCAUCUUCGAGGCUGUGGGACUCAACCUUCCAGCUCGGCUUUUGGUGACAGCGGUCAGAGGGAGUGAUGACUCUGGUUUACCCCCGCAUGAACUCCUUUCAUUGGGCACAGCUCUGUUGGCUGCCCUGAGCACAGACCCAGACAUGGCAUCUCAUCCCCAGCUCCUCACCACCAUCCCGCUCCUGCUGGGCAUUUUGGCAAACGGUCCUGUGUUGAACCAGCAGAAACAGGCUGCCCAGGAGCAGAACCGAGCAGGAGAGAUGGGGCAGAGUCAGGAUAGUAAAGUACAAUCAGCAGAAAGUAAUCCUGCCAAUGUGGCAAAAUCAGCAGGAGAGAGCAACGCCAGCAAGCAAAAGGGUGACGAUGGCAGUACGUCAAAUGGAGUAUCAGCAUCUAAAGAAACAUCACCAUCUGCCAGUUUGGAUGAGGCCAUGGCUGCUGACUGCUACCAGGUUCUGACAGCUGUGUGUGCCUUACCCAAGGGCCCUGACCAGCUUCUGAGCAGGGGUGCUGUUCCUGCUCUGUGUCAAGCAGUAGAACAAAACCAGACUUUCAGCUGUGAGAAAGGGCUUGCCUUGCUUGGUUGCCUCCUCUCGGGUAAAACCAAGGGCAAAGCGUGGGAUAAACACCCUGCAGAGCUCCUUGCUCUACUGGUCAGGCUCUCUAAAGACUUCUGCCAGUCCACAGACCAGGCCAGGCUGGACAUGUGUUCCCAGUUGGUGCAGUUUCUCCCUCCAUUAGGUGUGGCAGCAGAGAGUGAAGAGCUGAAGGGAGUCGUGAGCCGCAUAUGGGGGGUGUUGAGACCCAUGAUGCAGGCUAAGUUGACACCAAGGCAGAUCGGGCCGAUCCUGGUCCUCAGUGCGUGUCUGCUGGAUUUGUACGGGUGGGAGCUGGUGGGACCGCCAAAGUUCUGCUGCUUACUGGUGAACCGGGCCUGUGUGGAGGUCAGGAUGGGCCUGGAGGAGCCGCCUGGUAACGAGCUGAGCCCAGAGCUGCAGCACACACUCACAGGCUGUUACCGGAUCAUGGAGGCUGCUAUAGAGCAGGCCUGCAGUGCAGGGUUGUCGCAGACCGCUGCACCUCCUCAGAGCCCCGUCUCCUCACUCAGUCUGCAGCAGAGCAGGCAGGUCCUCGGGGUGCUGGAGGAGGCCUUCUCCGCCCUAAUGUACCACCUGCAACAAGUCGAUCCAAGUCGUUAUGGCGACCCUUUCAUCUUCGCCACAUUCCGCUCUCUGUGCUCGUGGCUGGCCGAGGAGACUUCCUGUCUGAAGGAGGAAGUGACCGCGCUGCUGCCUUUCCUGAUUGGCUACUCGCGGAGCCACUUUCAGGGCGAAAGCCCAGAGCAGGGGCUCUCUGACUGGAUGGCCGACAUGUCCGUCUCUGAGGAGAGAGGGGCCUGGACGGGCAAAGAACCUCUGAGGUAUCUCCUCCCAGCUCUGUGCCACCUGUCGGCAGAGGAAGGUCCCAGGAAGGUGCUGCUCACGCUUGACACCCCAGCCCUGCUGGUGGACUUUCUGUCCCAGAGCUGGACUUCCCUCAAGGGGAAAAGUGGGGUGGUGUCAGCCAGGGAUCCCAGCAUGGAGACGGCCUGCUCAGCCCUCCUCAACUUCACCGUCACAGAGCCAGAGAGAGUCAGGAAGGACCCAUGUUUCAGAACUCUAGAGGCUCUUCUGAGUGACGCACUUCCAGUUUUGGUGCAUAAACCCCAACUCCUGGUCCUGGCAGCAAAUUACUGCACUAUGGGAUUAAUGAUUGGCCGACUCAAAUCAGCUCCUUCAGGAUCCGUAGAAGCAGGCCAGAGGCGGUUCUUCUCCUCAGCUCUCCGGUUCCUCCGCGGUGCCCUGGACUCUGGCUCCAGCCCCGGCCCAGUUAAGGUGAGCACCAGCUGGGAGGAGAGCUGGGACGAGGCCGUGGAGCUCUGGAGGCUGGGCUUACAGGCUCUGGGAGGCUGUGUCCGCGCUCAGCCCUGGAUCACCGCUCUGGUCAGAGAGGAAGGUUGGCUCAAACACACACUCACCAUGCUGGGUCAGUGUAGCGCACUACCUGACCAGCACACACAGAGGGCGCUAGAGGAGGCUCUGUGUGCCAUGGCAGAGCAGUGCCCAGUCUGUAAACAAGAGAUUGGAGAUAUGAUGAGAAAUGAUAAAGGAGCUUUGAGCUGUAUGAGGAACCUGAAGAAGUCGGUGGGAGUGAAGUGAAACCAAACUGCUGCCGAUGGACAAUGUGCUCUUUGACGGAGUAUUUUUAAAAUGAAGUGUUGAAAAUGAAGUCGCACUAAAAAAAAAUAAAAAAGCACAGCUGUGAAGCCAAACUGUUGUGUUUAUUAGUUGUUCCAGACAUGGAUAAUAAUGUCUUCUUAGGUUUUUUUUGUAAUGAGAAGAAAAGCAAAAGAUGCCAAAGCCCACAGAAAAGAGGGAAAAUCAUGUUUUUCUGUAUAUUUAUCAGUGUAAUUGUACCAUGAUAAAGAGACUGAACGCCUUUUUGCUCUCACUAUUUACAUCAGUGAUAAAAUCUGAGAGGUGGGCAGCAACUUAUUUGCAACCAGGUAAAAGUAAAUGGCUUGUUGAGACAACUGUGCUCUCCACAUGGAAGCUGUUUCUUACAUGUAAAUGAAUUUAAUAAAGAAUCAUUUUGUUAGAGAACAGUAAGCUUUGUUGCCAGUAUUACUUUCCCUUUUUUUUCUUGUAGCUGUCAACUCUGUUAAUUUUUCCAGUGUGGUUCACAGGUGGAAUAAAUAUGAUACAGGUGUUAAAAUAAUCUGCAGUAACUUCAGUGGACAAUGGCUCCUUCACUGAUACUCCAGGAGAAACCUUUCUUCUUUUCUCAUUUACCACAAGAUGGCGCAGUCGGACUUAACGUGUGCUGAAGUUUUUAAUCACUAACGUACACUUGCUUCCUCUUUUCUGUGUGUCUGCAGUUACAGUUUUGUAAUUAUUUGUCAUUUGUUUAAGUUAAAUUGAUUAUUAAAAGAAAAAAGAUGUGAAAAAUGUCCAAA